AUGCGGGUUCUUACUGAUGCAGCUUGCAUUCGAGUGCUUUGUAACGAAACAUUGUUAAUAGCUAUCGGAAACCAGUUGCUGCUCGUGUAUCUCUCACCGAAUGGAAGCACACAUCGUACAUUUGCCCAAUUGCCACGGCUUGUGGAUAAGAUUCACGGGAUAGAAGCAUGCAUUAUCGAGCCUGGAAAAUAUCUCGCAAUUACUCACGCUGGACGAGAAGUAUACAGUACCGUUGUCGAUUGCUAUACGCAUACAUUUUCUGACAGUGUGCAGGUCGUUAUUCCAGAAGAACCGUGCGACCAACCCGUUCCUCACGUUCGACGACGCUUACAUGAUUGGAUCAGUAGCAUUUCUCUGCUCUCUCCAACCCAGCUGUGUAUUGUAACAUCACACGGUGUAGCAGCAUUAUUAAAACGUGGCGAUAACAAUCGUUCAUUGGAAUGGGAUUUGGUUGAUAAAAGUCCCUGCGAAGAUGGAUCUACGCUCUAUUGUUCUACUAUUACUGGUCGACAAUGGGAUGAUGUAGUCGUUCUCUCCGGAACUGCUCUCGGGCUUUUACUUAUCUGGUCUGUGGCAGGGCCAGAAGAUUGUCGUGGCAGGGUGCUCCAAAGUAUAUCAGCUCACAAUGGAGUAAUUUUUUGCAUUGCAUGCGAUUUUGCUUCCGGUUUGCUGACCACUACUUCUGAUGACCGCUCGAUAAAAUUUUGGAAUGUGCGAUUGACGAUAAACAAGCAAGAAUGUUACAAAUCGGUAGUGCUGCGAGAGGAACGAUAUUGUUUUGCCCACACCGCUAGGGUAUUCCAGUGUCGAAUCAUAAAUGGAACUCAUCGAUCAUUAGUGGCAUCUAUCGGUGAAGAUUCUCAUCUCUGCCUGUGGACUAUUGAUGGUAAUUUGGUAUUGAAGAAACGCUUAGACGAAGGGCCAACACUAUGGAAUAUGGACUAUGAUCCUGAAAAUGCUACAAUUUUCAUUACAGCAAGUAAUGGAAACUUGCAUAAGUACUGCAUCCGAUACUUCAUUGACGGUAACGUUAACAUUAAUUGCGAUCAAAGUAAUAUGGAGGACAUAAGUCCAGUACUGUCGGAAGGCAAACACUUAGCAAAAAUUAAAUACCUAACCAACGGAUUUAUGGUAGCUGCUACAAACCACAAUGAGGUAUUGCUACUAGAGAACAAUGGCGCAAUAGCACAUAGUCUCGAAAAGCCAGAACAUUUCAAAUGUAGUCUAAUCGAGGUUGGAGGAACAACUUUCUAUCUAGCUAGCGGUAGAUGUAUCAUGGUUUAUAACGUGACAGAAAAGAAUUGUGUUCAUCUCGCAAGGAUCAAAACCGUAUCCUUUUUACAGAAAGCUUUCGUCUGUGCGAAUGACGGGAAUGAGAUAAAAGAAGGUCCCAUAAGGUCCUUGAACUUCUGUGCGCGAUCAAAGAAUGUUGCCAUAUGCGAUGCUAGUGGUCGUUGCAUUGUUUUAGAUGAGUCACUUGAAGCAAUUUUAUCGUGUCAUAGAAUACCUUAUUCAACUGAAAGAUGGUUGACGUCCUUUCUGGUGCUCAAUGAUGAACUACUGCUAAUGGCCGAUCGUUCUGGACAUUUGUAUCUUUUCGACAAAAUUCAUACCGAUCCCGUACACAAGCUUACGAAUGUGCAUGGUAAACUAGGCAUCACCACGAUCGCUGCGUACGAUAAAGAUGUACAGCUGUCGGAUGGAUAUAAUUUAAGGACAACGGGUCACGAUGGACGAAUUUGUGAACUGUUUGUGAAUACCAUCUCGAAAAAGUUGGAAUUACUAACUUUCACCAAAUCUUCCAUUGGUUGGAUCGAUCGUAAAAUGGUUCGUAACUCCAACACCUUUUAUCUAGGUUUUAAUGAUUCACAUUUUCUCAUGGUUGAUAAAAUGAACGAGAUUUAUAUGCAAUGUGACUGUGGUGGAGGGCAUCGGUGUUGGGAUUUUCAUUUCGACGACAACUCAGAAACCUUUGCAUACGUUUUCGUUCAACAUAAGCGACUGAAAAAAAUCCAAUAUACGAUGCGGAAAAAUAUCGGUAGUGAACUAACGCUACCACGUUUCAAUUGGCACACACGUGCGUGUAAUGUACUACAGGUGACAGGACGGGGCGAUUCGUACUUGCUGUUCUCGGGAGGUGAAGACAACAUCCUACGCAUAAACGUUUUACACAAGGGCCAGAUAGUGGAAGAACCUCGUAAACAUCUAUUUAAUCACAUCUCCAGCAUAAAAACGAUUGUAAUUAAACAUUGCGUAGAGAAUGAUAGCUUGCUAGUGAUUUCUGCCGGCGGUAGGGCACAGAUAUGCGUGACGAGGGUGAAUUUGAAAAACUUUCGCAUAAAGCAAGAGUAUGACUAUAUGCUGCUGGCCACAGAUUCAGAGCGAACCCGAUGGAAAACGAAUCGACGGUCUACGUUCGAUCCGGAAACAAAAUUUAUGUGCGCAUCCUUCCUGUCAGACGAUCGUAUUGUGUUCGGUUGUUCGGAUGGAUUUUUAAGAAUCUUUCAGCUGUCCUUUCCCGAUGGGCAGGUUUCGUUAUCGUUGGUAAACGAAAUAUUUUACGGACGAUGCAUUUUAAAGAUGGUUGACAUUGCCGUCAAUGGAAGAUCGAUAUUUGUUUCGAUGGCCACCGAUGGACUGUUAUGUUUUUGGGAUGCUUCGUGUCCUAAUGAACCUUUCUAUCGUCACCGCCAUCACAGCAGUGGAGUGAAUGCUGUCGAUGUUAAACAGGUGGAUUCGGAAAAGUUUGUGUUUGCUACGGGGGGAGAUGAUCAAUCGGUUACGGUGUCGUUACUAGAAAUAACACUUCCAGAAGGAAAACCGCAUGUUCGUGAGAUAGGAAAAUUGUGUGAAAAGUAUCUGCAUACUGCACAAGUUACUGGGUUGAAGCUUCUGGAUGACGAUCGACUGAUCAGCGUUGGUAUUGACCAGCGAGUUUAUGUCACCAAAUUUACUGUCUACGAUAAACUCGUAGUUGAAUACAGUACCAACACAUGCAUUGCGGACCUGAAAGGCGUAUCGUAUUUGCAAAACGACGAAGAACUAAUUUUAUAUGGUUGUGGUAUAGAAAUAAUGAAACUACAAAGUAUAUGA